CUAUAGGAGUCUUUUUAAACCCUAGUAUGUGUACUUCUACUUGAGUAAUGAAUGUGAAUACUUUGGACACCUCUGGAAGCCAAACAGAAUUAGAGCUACUUGCUUGUUUGGGCGCAUCGAGUGGAAGCGGCCUAAUGACAGACGUGCAGAACUUUUGAGUCGGUUUGGAGCGAAAUGCAGCCGCUCCCCUGGUUUGUGCUGCUGGCGCUUUGUGCCCCUGAGUUCUGCUGGUCCGGACCUCUCCACGCCCAGUGCAAAGUUGAAUGGUACUUUGGGAUACCUUGCAGAGUGGUUUAUGAAUCCCUGCUCUCACAGAUUAACAUGUGGAGAACCAUGGCUGGCUGCACCAUGGGAGGACAGAGGUGUCUGUACAAGCUGCAGUCUGCUUCUGUCCACUUCAUAGCAGCCAAACACACCACUCCCUUCACGGGGUACGUGGACGACAUCAACUACCGGCUGGCCUCCUAUCACUUCUUCUCCUGCUGUCACGUUUCCGCCAUGUCCAUCUCUGAGACCUGGUAUGCCGUUAAAGACCACGGCACUAACUACUGCAACAUCUACAACCUCAUCGAAGGAAGUGGUCUAACCGAAGCCAGAGGUUACAGAGAGGUCACCAGUGACUUCCUGUGUACCCAACGCUCCUCUGCUAACUGCACCGUCUACUGACGCAAUAUUCAGCUUAUACAUCAACAGUCGACGUGUUCAUGCCGCUUGUUACUGUUGUAUUUGGGAGUUUGUUCUGUUUACAUUAAGGAAUAAAUACGUAAUGAAUAUACUGUAGAACUGUACCCAAUAUGGUCAUUUAAUGUAUUUUUACACACCUGCACCUAUUCCCACCAUGACAUGAAAUCUGCUGAUGAGAGGAGUUUGGCUUUUUCUUUUCGUUCCCUAAUCCGCUCGUUCAGUUUUGCUGGAGCAUUUUCCAUUUCUCUCUCUUUGGAGAAGUUUUACGUUUCCAGGGUCGUGGCUGCGUUUUUUGUUGGACAAUAAAAACUUCAACUGAACCUUAA